GGCGCUGCGGGGCCCGGCGGGGCCGUGCGGGGCAGGGAACUAGUAAAUUAACCCAAGCUAAUAAGCCCUCAUAAGUCCUGCUGGGAUCCAGCUGACUCUUCAUAGGCACUUUAACCUGAACUCCACAAAAUACCUCAGUUCCUUCUUCAUCCACAGUAGAGAUCAACUCCCAGUGGCCCCCAUUGCUGACCAGAUGAAACUACAAGAACUGAGCAUGAUGAACAAAGGGUUAGAUGCAAGGAGAAAUUAACUGCAUACCACUUGCUGAAGACCGGUCCCUACUGCUGAGUGUAACAGGCAAAACAUUGUCAGGGUGCAGUUCAAGAACAAUGGCGUGGAAAAACUAUAAGAAGCAGAAUCUUUGCCUGCCAAACACAGUAACUGUGAAGACUGGACAUGCCUGUAACAAGGAAUAGCAGCACCUUAAAGAGAAUGGCAGUGGUCUCUGCAAUGUCCUGGGUCCUGUGUUUGUGGAUAAGUGCCUGUGCAAUGCUGCUCUGUCAGGGGUCCCUCCAUCACACUUUCCAGCAGCAUCACCUGCACAGACCAGAAGGAGGAACAUGUGAAGUUAUAGCAGCACACAGAUGCUGUAAUAAGAAUCGAAUUGAGGAAAGAUCACAGACAGUAAAAUGCUCCUGUCUACCUGGGAAAGUGGCUGGGACUACAAGAAACAGACCUUCCUGUGUUGAUGCCUCAAUAGUGAUUGGAAAAUGGUGGUGUGAGAUGGAGCCCUGCCUAGAAGGAGAGGAAUGUAAGACUUUGCCUGACAAUUCUGGAUGGAUGUGUGCCACUGGCAAUAAAAUCAAGACCACCAGAAUCCACCCAAGGACCUAACAGAGUCUGCAUGGAGGCAGUGAGAGCCCUGCUGAUUUAUGAGGACAAAGUACUGGAAAUUUAAAACCAUCUCAGCAUUUACAAGCCAAAUGGAUUUCUUAUUUGCACUUUGACUAUUUACCAGAUAACAACAGUGGCUUUACUGUGUGAAAGGAAGUAUUCAGUGGAAGUAAUGCCCCUGAUUUUUGACAGCUGAAAAUGAAAAGGAAGAAAAUUGUUCUUUUGGUAAAGUUUCCAAGAUUGCAAAGUACAAACAGCAGUACAAGUUUGGAUCUACAAUUUACUUUAUACCAGUUUAAGUAUAUAUAUAUAUAUAUAUCAAAUAUAAAAUAUGAUAUUUUGAAAUAACAGCCUAUCUCUUCAAGAAACUCAAUAGUACCACACUUUUCUGCAGCUGCUGUAAUACUACUUUUUUUCUUUUUUGUAAUGGUCUGGAAGAUUCCUACCUGUUUCAGAGAGCAAAGUGGCAGUGAAGAGGCCAAGCAAACCCACUGCAGUACAAGGACGUCUAAGAGCUACACGAAUCCUACCCAUGUGGCAUCCAGAGCUUCCUGUUCCCUUCAACAGAAUUUCAAGGGCAUUUGUUGUUCCACUUUGUGUUCUGGAGGCUUUUCCCCUUGUGCAAUACUAGCAUGCUGGCUUUGCAUCAUGAACCAUCCUCGACUGACAUGUAACAAUGAUCAUUCUAUUCUCUUCCGAGCAAAUAUUUUUAGAGCUGUUAGAUAUUCCGUGAAGAAGAGAUGGACAACUACUGAGUGAAGUACAGUAUGUAUUAAAAGUUGAUUUGGCAGAGUUUGGUAGACUGUGAGCUCCCUUAUUAAAGAUGUACUGUAUAUACAUUGCAUUCAGACUUUGUAUAGCUCGUAGAGACUACAGUAAAAUCCCAGUAACCAACUCCAAAGCUUUGCCUUGGUGGCUCACUAGUUCUUUGCUCAAUGACAAAGCUGUUUCUUUCCAGCCCAACAUCUGAUCGCUCUUACAUACAGUUGGGUUUGUUUUGUUGGGUUUUUUUAUGGGCCCAUUUGCAA